AUGCUCGAACAGUCACCCUCGGCAGCGCCUGAUUUGCAAGAUGCAGAUCCCCACCAAGAAUUACGACGAAUGAAGAGGAAGAUGCACACUCUCGAAGCGGAGUUGGAAAAGUCGAAUGCUGAGAAGCAUGCCGUAUUGAGAAAAUUCGGGGAACUGAAGGGGGAAUUGAAAGCUUCGAAUGAUACGACGGAUGAAUUGAUCGAGGAGGUUGUUGAACUACGGAUCAAGUUUGAGAAAAGGGCGGAUGAGCGAGAUGCAGCAUUGAGUAGAGCGGGCCAAUUGAAUGCCGCCGUAAAGCUUUCGGAAAACAUUGAGGAGGAACUAAAAAAUGAGGCUACUCAGUUACGAGCUCAGCUUGAGAAAAUAACCGAGGAACGGGACAAUGCACUUGACAAAGUUGGACAGCUCAAAGCACAAUUGAAGGAAAACACGGAGAAAGAUACACCAAUUGUUACAAACGAAUUAUCAACAAUCGAACCUGCCAACAAAAAGCGAAAACUCGAUGACAUUGACGCUUCUUCUAUCAAACAAGAACCGCAAGAUGGACAAGAAGCAUGGAUCGCAAGCGUAGAAGAAUUACGAACGAAGCUACUGCCGUUCAACUUCAUGCCUGCUACAAAGCCAGUACACAAGCCAUUAUUAAGCUACCUCACCAGUCUUUUGUUCUCGUACCACAAAUGCGAGAGUUACGAUCCUAAGGAUAAGGGCUUACACAGAUCAAAACGCAUGAGGAAUCUCGAGAGAUACAAAGCACAGGUUGACCCCCAUUAUGAACCUACCGAAUGGCAGUGUUUUGUUGAUGUCAUUUUCGGACACAAUAUCGAUAGGAUUAAAUACAUCAAAGGGAAUGAACGUUGUACUACAUGUGUGGAAAGAGAAUCUGGGUGUAUUCAGAUUAAGAACAUUAAUGGGGCUCUGUGGAUGAGGUGUUUUCGGGAGAGUACAUGA